CCUGCGUUGUUGCUUUGUGGCACUUUCCGCGGGGAACUGUGUAAGGGGUGGGGAAAACUUUGAAAGUUGGAUGCUGCAGACCCGGUACUGGAAAGUUUCAUCUUGGGGACAGUUGUGAGGACGUGGGGCAUGGGUAGCAAGAAACUAAGACGAGUGGGUUUAUCACAAGAGCUGUGUGACCGUCUGAACAGAUUUCAGGUUGUUACCUGUCAGGACUUUUUAUGUCUUUCCCCAUUGGAGCUUAUGAAGAUGACUGGCCUUAGUUAUCGAGGUGUCCAUGAACUUGUGUAUGUGGUCAGCAGGGCCUGUGCCCCACAGAUGCAAACGGCUUAUGGGAUGAAGACACAAAGAUCUACUGCUCUCUUGCCAGCAUUCUUAUCUACAACCCUUUCUGCUUUGGAUGAAGCCCUGCGUGGUGGUGUGGCUUGUGGAUCCCUCACAGAGAUCAGAACCAGGCAGUCCUUAAAUUGUCUUCUGCAAAGUACUGGUUUGGCUGUUUGCCCCAUCCUGUUGGCUCCCACCUCGAAUGUGGAGAGAAUUAACUUGAUUACAGGUCCACCAGGUUGUGGAAAAACUCAGUUUUGUAUAAUGAUGAGUGUUUUGGCCACAUUACCCACCAACAUGGGAGGAUUAGAAGGAGCUGUUGUGUACAUUGACACCGAAUCAGCAUUUAGUGCUGAAAGACUGGUUGAGAUAGCAGAAUCUCGUUUUCCCAGAUAUUUUAACGAUGAAGAAAAAUUACUUUUGACAAGCAGUAAAGUUCAUCUUUAUCGGGAACUCAACUGUGAUGAAGUUUUACAAAGGAUUGAAUCUCUAGAAGAAGAAAUUAUUUCAAAAGGAGUUAAACUUGUGAUUAUUGACUCUGUUGCUUCUGUGGUGAGGAAGGAGUUUGACACACAACUUGAAGGCAACAUGAGAGAAAGGAACAAGUUCUUGGCGAGAGAAGCAGCCUCCUUGAAAUAUUUGGCUGAAGAAUUUUCAAUCCCAGUGGAACUGUUAUCAUGGCGUGAAUUGAGAACUGACUGUGCAACCUACUUAUUUGGAAAAUUCUUCUCCUGAAAUUUUGCUUCACAUCCAUGACUUCUAAUGGAAAGGGUACGGUGAGAGGCAACAAGUAGAUUUCUAAGCCAAACUCUUUUUUUUAAAAAAAUCCCCUAGUGAUUAAAUUGCCUUGCAUGAGUAGAUCCCAACAAGGGUUUGAGAUUGGUUAGUUCAGGACAUCUUGUCUAAACAUUCUUCUAGGGACAGGUCUAUGCUGGCUAGACCCAUAGAAAUCAAAAUUAUCAACACAGUGAUGACAACGUAAUUAGCCACAUCUCUCGGCAGUGUGUAUAACCAGCCAUUUCUGAGGCUGUUGAAAGGUCCACUGCGGUAAAAUUCUGGCUCUACCCUUGACUCCUGUAAAUGACCCUAAGGAUUUGGGACUGAACUCUUGUCAGUGACUUCUGGGUAAAUAGUGUACAAAGUUAGGAAACUAGAUCAAAACAAAACUCACCUUACAGCGAGGAUAAAUUAUGAUAGAGUGAGAAAUUGGCAGAAGUUUUAGUGAAUAGGAUCCUCAAACUUACGUAAGUGCUUGUUGCAUUCAGACUUUUUAAAAAAACUUUGUCUAAACCGUUAAAGUAGAUUUUACGUAAAUUGUUCAUGCUAAAUAUUUGCAUUAUAUGUCCCUAUUCCUUUGUACUUCCCAGUUGAUGAAGUUUUCAAACUGUGGUUUGCUAGAGGGGGAAAAAAUCCCGAAUCAAAACCUCGUAGAACAAAUUGAAUUACAAACCUGGUGUGGUCCUUUAACUCAAUUACAUCUAAUUUGUGUUAUUUUAGUCAUCCUGGGUGGCAGCUGUUCUGUGUGAAUGCCCACAAACAUUUUCAGUGUUAAGAAUUUGUCCUGACUAUACACUUUAAGAUUGGUAGUAGCCUA